AUGGCUGCAAACGGGAAUGUCAACAAUCUGGACUUUACCACCUUUUCUAACAUCAUCAACGGACAAGCCACCCAGACGAAAUCCGUCCGUCAUGGUAUCAACCCCUCGAACAAGACAGCCCUGUUCCCAUCACCUGUGUCCACUGGCGAUGAUGUGACAGCUGCCAUCACGGCAGCACGCACGGCAUUCGGUUCCUGGAAAAAGACUCCCAUUGAAUUGCGCAAAGAGAAGAUCAACGCAUUAUGUGCUGGGCUCUUGGCGCAUAAAGCUGAAUUCAGUCGAUUACUGACGACUGAGCAAGGGAAGCCGGUCCAAUUUGCGGAGCAGGAAGUCGAUUUCGCAGCCCACUGGCUUGCCGGAACAUGCCAGCUUGAUCUUCCUGAGGAUGUUGUAGAAGACACCCCUGAGCGUUAUGUCACGACUCGUUAUGUCCCCCUCGGAGUGGUUGUUGGCAUCGUUCCUUGGAACUUUCCUUUGAUGCUCCUAUGCGGAAAACUUGCUCCAGCGGUCAUGGCAGGAAACUGCAUCAUUAUUAAACCCUCUCCGUUUACGCCCUACUGCGGCAUCAAGCUAGUCGAGCUUGCUCAACGCUUCUUUCCACCAGGCGUCAUUCAAGUCCUGAGUGGUGACGACAACCUCGGCCCUUGGUUGACAGCGGAUCCUGGCAUUGACAAGAUCAGCUUCACUGGGUCGACCGCCACGGGGAAAAGGGUUAUGGAAAGCGCGAGUAAGAAUCUGACCAGGGUCACUCUCGAACUUGGUGGGAAUGAUCCUGCGAUAGUCUGUUCGGAUGCUGAUGUCGAAGUUGUUGCGCCACAAAUCGCUCAGGCAGCAUUCAUGAACUCAGGACAGAUAUGCAUCGCGAUCAAGCGGAUUUAUGUACACAAGGACAUUUAUGAUUCCUUCAAAGACGUCUUCCUGAAGACAUUGUUAUCAUUGAAGGUCGGUGAUGGGUUUCAAGAUGGGACGUUCCUUGGGCCCGUUCAGAACGAACUCCAGUAUGAUCGGGUCAAAGAGUUCCUAGUUGAUAUCCAAAAGAACAAGCAAACAGUCAUCGCUGGGGGGAAUAUCAUGGAAAGCUCGGGCAACGGGUUCUUUAUCCAGCCAACGGUUGUGGACAAUCCCCCGGAUGCAAGCAAAAUUGUGGUGGAGGAGCCAUUUGGGCCAGUCGUGCCUUUGUUGCAGUGGUCAGAUGUGGAUGAGGUCAUUGAUCGAGUUAACGCCAACGACAUGGGUCUAGGAGCUUCAGUCUGGACCACGGACACAGGCCUCGCUCAACAAAUCGCUGAGAAUCUGGACGUUGGAAGCGUUUGGAUGAAUGCGCACUUGGGUAUUCAGCCAACGGCCACAUUUGGGGGUCAUAAGAAGAGCGGAAUUGGCCGCGAAUGGGGAUCAGAUGGCUUGAGAGGUUACUGUAACUCGAAGACGUUCUUCUUUAAGCAGACUAAGUAG